AUGUUGGCAUUCCCCCUCCAAGCACAAGCUCAACAAGCAGCUCCGGCGCAGAAACAAGCAUACGCACCCGACUUGGCUGUACGGCUGAUCUGCCCCGAAUGUAAAGACAUGAACCCAAAGAUUGUCGAAGAGUUUGGGAGUGGGGAUUUGACGUUUGCCAAUGAUGAAGGAGACGACCCCUCGCGUGUGGGAGCGGCCACCAACCCACUUCUGGAAGGCAUCGAACAACUCGACACGGUCAUCAGCUUCAAAGACGGCGGAUCCGGCAUGGCGCGCGAGCUCCAGCGCGCAGCCGCCCGAGGCUCGGUGGGCAAAAACGAACGCAACAUGAUGACCGCGUUCCGGGACAUCUCGGCCAUGUGCGAGUCCAUUUCGUUGCCUAAGAACGUAUCCGACACGGCCAAGCAGCUCUACAAGCGCGCGGAAGAAGAGAAGAUUGCGAAUGUGCCCCGUACGUUCAAGGAGAUUCACCAGCUGACGAGGGUGCCGAAGAAGACGCUCGGCCAGUGCUUCAAGGCCUUUGAGCAGGCGUUUGACUUGUCCCGCCCGGCGCCGGCGGAUGGUCAGGAUGGUGCUGGGCCGGCGAGCGGUACUUCGGCGGAGAAUUUGCUCAAUCGGUACUGCAAUCAGUUGCAUUUACAUGCCUCGGUCGUCACGGCCUGCGAAGAGGUCGUCGUUACCGCCCGGAACCAUGGGAUUGCGGACGGUCGUUCACCAAUUUCAAUCGCUGGAGCUGCGAUCUAUUUUACCUCGUAUUUGCUCGGACAGGGCAAGUCUGCAAAGGACAUUUGCAGUGUGGCAGGCGAGCGGGAAAAGCUGGUCAAGAAGGAGUGGUUGGAUAGUGGAAGGGCGGUCAUGGACCGUUUGCCUAAUGGUGAAAGUCGAUGA